AUGGCGUCUUUUUAUCUGCCUGUAGCUCUCAUUUUACUGGGACAAGCCUGUGCAUCUCAAUACCCUCUUGUCGAAACCGAAACAUCGUCCAUUCCAACCGUGGACGAGGUGGUCAAGUCCAAAUCGCUCCAGAGCCGUAUCCAUGUAGACAGCCUAUUGGAGAGAGCCAAGACCCUCUAUAGUAUCGCUGAGCUUGGAGAAGAAGAGUACAAUCACCCCACUAGGGUUAUUGGUAGCAAAGGACACCUUGGCACCCUUGAUUAUAUUUACUCGACUAUCGCUCAAUUGGGCGACUAUUACACUCUAUCAAAUCAAUCAUUCCCUGCAGUGGUGGGAAAUGUUUUCGAAUCUCACUUGGUCUUGGGGAGUCAAGUCCCAGCGUCGGCGAUUCCUAUGAGCUUGACUCCUCCUACCAAGGACAAGGAGCCGGUUUUCGGGCCAUUGGCUCUUGUGUCAAAUUUCGGAUGUAGCACAUCAGACUACCCGGACCUAAGCGAAAAGGUCGCUCUCAUUAGUCGUGGUGACUGUCCUUUUGGUACCAAGUCCGCUCUGGCAGGAAGAGCUGGCGCCAUCGCCGCUGUCAUCUACAACAAUGAAAAGGGUGCACUUGGUGGAACUUUGGGCACCCCUUCCCCUGAUCACGUUGCUACUUUUUCGAUCUCGGAUAUUGAUGCUGCGCCAUACAUUAGGAAGUUAAAGGACGGAGAGCAGGUCGAUACCAGCGCAUACAUUGACGCCAUUGUUGAGAGCAUCGAGACCACCAACAUUAUCGCGCAAACCAAAGAAGGCGAUCCCGACAACUGUGUUAUGCUGGGUGGUCACAGUGACAGCGUUGCAGAGGGACCUGGUAUUAACGAUGAUGGAUCUGGCUCCCUUACUCUUCUAGAGGUUGCCACUCAACUGGUAAAUUAUCGUGUCACCAACUGUGUUCGUUUCGCUUGGUGGGCAGGUGAGGAGGAGGGACUACUGGGAUCGGACUACUAUGUCUCCGUGCUAUCACCUGAAGAAAACCUCAAAAUUCGUCUGUUCAUGGACUAUGACAUGCUCGCGUCGCCUAACUUCGCUUACCAAGUCUACAAUGCUACCAAUGCCUUGAAUCCUGUUGGAUCCGAGGAGUUGCGUGAUCUUUAUACUGAUUUCUACACCUCUCAUGGGUUGAACUUCACGUAUAUCCCUUUCGAUGGUAGAAGUGACUAUGAUGCUUUCAUCAAGCAUGGUAUCCCAGGUGGGGGCAUUGCCACUGGCGCAGAAGGUGUCAAGACAGAGAAGGAGCGAGAGCUGUUUGGCGGUGUCGCUGGUGACUGGUUUGAUCCAUGCUAUCACCAGUUCUGCGACACCGUAGCUAACCUCAACCUAACUGCUUGGGAGCUGAACACAAAGCUUGUUGCACACACGGUGGCUACCUAUGCUAGGUCCCUAGAGGAAUUUCCGAAGAGAAAAAGUAUCAAGACUGCUGACGUGUCUGGUGGUCUACCAAGCAAGUACCAUGGACCUAAGCUGCAGUUGUAG